AUGUCCAGUGAGAAGAUCUGUGGAGGAAUCGAGCAAUUUGCAAAGUGUUCGAUGGUAAAUUUAAGUGAAUGAUCCAGAGUAGAUAAUCUAGAGAGAAUAAAUAAGUCUAAAGAGAAAGGCCAGAGUAGAAUAGAGAGGGAAAGCAUUUUGUUUUGAAAAUGUGAGAAACAUUUUAAAUAUCGAAUUUCGAUCGCAGAUCAAGCAAAAUUGGCCUGCAAAGUUGAAGAAACCGACAAUGCAGGUUUCGCAGACUCGAGAAAAAGUGAAGAGAAUGCUUCCAUCCGAGGUAUAGUUACUAAAUUGCAUUGUCAACUAGAUGACUGAAAAGCAGUAUGUGCGUGAAACCUUCACCGAGACAACCUUCCUAUUUAUCGAAUUAUUGUGCAUCCUAUCUUGCUACUAAAGACUUCAAUAAUCACUUACUAAAAAGUACAACGUUGAGAUCUCAACUCAAUUGCUUUAAAGUAAAAAUGAUCGUACGUUUCUGUCAUUGCUCUAGAACUGAGAGAACAAAUCCCACGUAUAUAUUUUUUUUUUUUUUUCAAAAUUUCCAAAAAUAUUAAAUAUCAUAUAUUAAUAUCAUACCAUUUUUAUUUUUUUUGGUUUAAUUAAAUAUUGGUACGAGAGUUGAACGAAAAGUCAUGCUUCCGAGUUUAUAAUUUUAGUCUGCUAAUUGAAAAGUAGAAAACAUUCAAACAGUGACGAAAUGAUGACUAUACGACGCAGUCUUCAACUAACAAAUUACAACUGAACGCGAAGUCGAGCAAAGCCCGCACGAUUUCCACCUUUUCUGAAAUCAAAGCGACACAUCUUCAGUAUUCGACGAAUUCUGAAUUCUGAAGAGCAAGCUGCAAGUAUUAUCUUCCAUUUCGUCACGAAAGGAAGUUAUAAAAUCGGAAGUUGAUUUUUAUUUAAUUCUCGCCCUGUCAAAGUUUCAAUGGUUGUCUCUGUGGUUUCUAAAAUACUUGCAGCUAACACUAACUAGCCACUUAGUGUCGUGUAGUCCGCUUUCUUUUUCGUAUGCCUUACGAUGUACACAAACGUGUGUACAUUACAACAUAAUUAGGCAAAUAGUAACGUGAUUGCGUAUAUUUGUGAUUAGAUUAGCUUUUUCUACCGAUGAUUCAAUCCUGAGCCAACAUGCAGUCGCAGUUAAGGCUUUCAGAGCUAAGGCAAGCAAUUUGCCAAUUUGCUGUGUUUCAUAAUUAUGAUAAAUAAAACAGCGUAUGUAAUUAGACGAAGUUGCUUUUUUUUAAGCUUAUUUAUCAUUAGGUAUUCAUAAACUAUUAUUUAUAAGUGUUAUAACAGCAUAAUACCUAUGUAUUAUGUAUAUUAUGUAUACUAUGCAUUUGGAAUUUAUUUAUUGAAAAUGACAGAAAGUCAAUAUUUAAUUUGAUCUGAAGAAUGAUAUUGAGCCGAUAAAUUAAAUACUUAGUAAAUCGAUUUCAGAGACUUGACACGUACAUGUACAGGGUGGUAAGAAAAGUUUGUCCUAUUAUCAAGAUCAAUUGCGUCCUGACAGCGACUUUGGUCCUGGAUGGUUCUGGACGCGUGGAUGUCUAUAUUAAUGUUUAUAUUUCGAAUAAUAUUAGCAGUAGACUCACGCUGAUGCCACAACUAUGAUAAAUCAAAUGUUAGUGAAACCUAAUCCAGAACCAUAAAGUCGCUGUUAGCACUCACGCGUCCACGGUAAAUUAAAUGAUUAAAAAAUCUUGUUCGCCAUUUUUCAAGAGAGUUAUUAGGUUGCUUGGAAAAGAUUUACCUCCGCGACGAGUAGAGUACAAGGCAAAAGAAAAGACAGAAAAAAAUCUUUGACAAAUUUUUGAUCGGAGAAUUCAUCUAUGAUAAUCACGGACAAACUUUUCUUUCCACCCUGUACACAAUCAAAAUUCUUAAUUUACUUUUAUUCGUUCGAGUCGGGAUCGAGGCUUCAAUAUUGUACGUAAACGUAGCCUUGCUACGAUAUUAAUCGAGACUAAUUGCAAGUAAGCCGCUGCUGGCUUACUUACAUUUGUCAAUUUCAGUUGAUUCAGCGACGAGCGUAGAAACUGGCGACGUACAACCACGCGAUUCUUUUGUUAAAAAGGUAUCCAACUUAACUGGCACGACGAUCCUAACACGCAACAGUCUAGAAUCCAUGGAUCCGUCAAAAAGACCUUGGUAUAUGAAAGGAGGGACCAGAAGGCCUUACCCUGUCGUAAAAUCCCAUCGUACCGGAAGAAGAUUGGCGCGUUUGUGGCCCGACGAAGACGCUUAUGACGAUCGUGUUACUAAUCAAUUGAUGUACGUACCCACUGAUUACAAUAAAACUGGCGGCGAUCGUCCAUUGAAAAAGAUAAUGGUCCCACAUGGCAUGCCCGAGGCAAAAGUUGGCUCUGACAUAUUCCUUCAGCAUCGAUGCCCGGUUAAUACCUGCACGAUUGUCCGAGAUAACGCCGAAGAUGCAGAUUUAAUUCUGUUUAAAGACUACAUAACGCACGUGGGAAGGAGAUCCCCAAGUCAAGUGUGGAUGCUGUAUUUUUUAGAAUGCCCUUAUCACACGCAGAGCGUGAAGAACGCUGUCAUCAAUUGGACGGCAACUUAUCGUCGCGACAGCGACAUAGUCGCGCCCUAUGAAAGAUGGCAAUAUUACGACUCUAGUGUCACACAAAUAUCGCAGAGUUUUAAUUACGCAGCCAACAAGACUAAAAAGGUAGCGUGGUUCGUUUCCAAUUGCCAUCCGCGAAAUCAACGUAUGCAUUACGCCAAGGAGCUUUCGAAAUACAUUCAAGUGGACAUUUACGGGACCUGCGGCUCGUUACGAUGCCCACGUUCGCAAUCUCAAGCCUGUUUCGACAUGCUCGACGAAGAUUACAAGUUCUACCUUGCUUUCGAGAAUUCCAACUGUAAGGAUUACAUUACGGAGAAGUUCUUCGUCAAUGGUCUCGGGCACAAUGUUUUGCCAAUCGUGAUGGGCGCGCAUCCGACGGACUAUGCUCGCAGCGCUCCUUACCGUUCGUACAUCCACGUGGACGAGUUCGAGUCACCGAAAGAGCUGGCCGAGUAUCUUCAUCGCCUGGACCGGGACGACGAGUUGUACAAUUCGUACUUCCGUUGGAAAGGCACCGGCGAGUUCAUCAACACUUACUUCUGGUGCCGUGUUUGCGCGAUGCUGCACGACGACCGGCCGCCGAAAUUUUACAAGGACGUGAACGAAUGGUGGCGAGGCGAUGGCAUAUGCACGACCACCUCGUGGCGUGAACACGACUCGGUCCGUGUGGACAACUUGAAAAAUACCUGAAGUUACUGACUCGGUUGAUUCAGGUAACUCGCAGACGCGGUGCUAUACUAAUCGUUUAGACCGGCGCGAACUAGCUAGCCAGACGAUACGGAACAUUAUCGCUGUCGUUUUUCGUUGAUAUUAAUGGAUUUGUCUGGCUAGUCAAUGCUAAUCGACGAAAAAGCUGCCGACUACGAUAAUUUCACUUUGGCGAAAUUCACCAGGAUUACAGGAGCGUCCGAAUUUGUAUUUGCUCGACGACAACUUUUUACACGACGAUGCGUGUGUCGAUCGAUAACUGAUUCGCCGAUUUCUCAUUUCUUUGAUAGUGGCAGUAGAAAUCGAUUCGGGUCAAUUAUACCUACCGCGAGGUAAAUUAAAAAUCCUCUUUCUUUUAGAGAUGAAACAAAAUUACACAAUCCAUAUGAAAGGUAUCUUGUUCAAAAAACGUUCGAACCAUCGAUCUUGCAGUUUCUUCGAAUUAAUCGCUAAAUUAGUUUUACGCACAGAGUAAACAACUUCGGCGUUUCUCUUACAUCGAGGGUUCUUUUAUAACGUUCCUUUCGAGAUUCGUAACAUUCUUUUAUGGAUAUCGUUCGAAUUAGACAUUUUCGAAAACGUUAUUUCCAUGAAAUAGAUAUGUAUUACCAUCGUUCGUGGUAAGUUGGAGAGACGGUGUUUUAUACGAUUAUUAAUAAAUUAACGAAUAUCGACGUAGUUAGCGCGAGAUGAAAAACGAUGAAAAUUUCGCAGAGAACACACACUGCUAUAAUUACACGUCUCAACACGGCGUAUUCCUGCCUUAAGACAAAGGCAACUUUACUUUGAUUCUAUAUUCGUGAAAUAUAGUACGAAACAGAGUAUUAAUAGUUUCAACAUUUUCGACUUAGAUCAUAAUUUCCUACGAAAAUUGAAACGAGAGAUGAAAUUGAUUUCAUUUCGUAUCUUGUAAAUAUGCACAAAUGAAGUGCAACGGGACGAUUAUUUUUUUUUUUUUUUUUU